AAGUUGCAAAAAAAGAACCUGAAAGUAAUGAUGAGGAAACCAUAAUAGAUUAUUUUGCUUCUGAUAUUAAAAACAAAAAUAAAGAAAAAUUUGAAUAUAUUGAUAAUCUUGACAAUAGCUUUG